UGAGAGAGACAGGGAGGGAGGGAGGGAGAGCCCUCUGUGACAGACAGCAACAGGCAAACAGCAAGGGCUGCUGAUUCAGCUCCGUCAGCUCUUCCUUAAACUCCGUCACCGUUAAGCAUUUUGCCACCGGUUUGCAGCUACGUACAAUGGCGAAGGGGGAUGGACGGGAAUAUACCAGCACGGAAUCCUCCGACAGUCCGAAGAAGAAAAAGGUUAAAAAAGACAUGGAUGAGCUUAAAAAGGAGGUGUCCAUGGAAGAUCACAAGCUGUCGCUGGAUGAGCUGAGCCGUAAAUACGGGACAGAUUUGACCAAGGGUCUGACCAGUGCCCGGGCAGCCGAGAUCCUGGCCCUGGAGGGUCCCAAUGCCCUGACACCACCCCCCACCACCCCGGAAUGGGUGAAAUUCUGCCGUCAGCUGUUCGGUGGUUUCUCCAUCCUCCUCUGGAUCGGGGCCCUGCUCUGUUUCCUGGCCUACACCAUCCAGGCUGUCAUGGAGGACGAGCCGUCCAAUGACAAUCUGUACCUGGGUGUCGUCCUGGCUGCCGUGGUGAUGAUCACCGGCUGCUUUUCCUACUACCAAGAGGCCAAGAGUUCCCGAAUCAUGGACUCAUUCAAGAGUAUGGUGCCCCAGCAAGCCCUGGUGAUCCGGGAAGGUGAGAAGAACCAGAUCAAUGCUGAGGAUGUGGUGACCGGGGAUCUGGUGGAGGUGAAGGGAGGAGAUCGGAUCCCGGCCGAUCUCCGGAUCAUCUCCUCACAUGGCUGCAAGGUUGAUAACUCAUCACUCACCGGAGAGUCUGAACCUCAGACCCGAUCCCCAGAGUUCACCAAUGAAAAUCCGCUGGAGACGAGGAAUAUCGCUUUCUUCAGUACCAACUGUGUGGAAGGAACUGCCCGAGGUGUGGUGAUCUUCACUGGAGACCGAACGGUGAUGGGCCGCAUCGCAACUCUGGCCUCGGGGCUCGAGGUGGGCCAGACGCCUAUCUCCAUGGAGAUCGAGCACUUCAUCCACAUCAUCACGGGCGUGGCCGUCUUCCUGGGCGUCUCCUUCUUCGUGCUCUCCCUCAUCCUCGGCUACACCUGGCUGGAGGCCGUCAUCUUCCUCAUUGGCAUCAUUGUGGCCAAUGUUCCCGAGGGUCUGCUGGCCACUGUUACUGUCUGCCUCACUCUCACUGCUAAGAGAAUGGCUCGCAAGAACUGCUUGGUGAAGAAUUUAGAAGCAGUGGAGACACUGGGAUCGACCUCGACCAUCUGCUCCGACAAGACGGGGACUCUCACCCAAAACCGGAUGACUGUGGCGCACAUGUGGUUCGACAACCAAGUGCACGAGGCAGACACAACGGAGGACCAGAGCGGUUCGGCCUUCGACAAGACUUCGCCCACAUGGGCCGGACUCUCACGCAUUUCGGCUCUCUGCAACCGGGCCGUCUUCAGGCCGGGCCAGGAGAAUGUCUCCAUCUCCAAGCGUGAGACCUCUGGCGACGCGUCCGAGUCGGCGCUGUUGAAGUGCAUCGAGCUGUCGUGUGGCUCCGUCCGCGAAAUGCGGCGGAAGAGCCCCAAGGUGACGGAAAUCCCCUUCAACUCCACCAACAAGUACCAGUUGUCCAUCCACACGAUGGAGGCAGAGGAGGGGUCUCCGGGUCCCUCCCACCUGCUGGUGAUGAAGGGCGCUCCUGAGCGGAUCCUGGAUCGCUGCUCCACCAUCUUGCUGCACGGGCAGGAGGUGGCCCUGGACACGGAACUGCGCGAGGCUUUCCAGAACGCCUACCUUGAGCUGGGGGGUCUCGGGGAGCGGGUCCUGGGUUUCUGUCACCUUAGCCUCCCAAUCGACCAGUUUCCCAUCGGUUUUCCAUUCGAUGCCGAGGAGCUGAACUUCCCGACGGACAACCUGUGCUUUGUCGGCCUCAUGUCGAUGAUCGACCCUCCCCGAGCCGCCGUCCCUGAUGCCGUGGGCAAGUGCCGGAGCGCGGGCAUCAAGGUCAUCAUGGUCACUGGAGACCAUCCCAUCACUGCCAAGGCUAUCGCUAAGGGCGUUGGCAUCAUCUCUGAGGGCAACGAGACGAUGGAAGACAUUGCUCAGAGACUCAACAUUCCUGUCAGCCAAGUUAAUCCCAGGGACGCCAAAGCCUGUGUGAUUCACGGCUCCGACCUGAAGGAGAUGGGAGAUGACCAGCUGGACCAAAUCCUGUGCAACCACACUGAGAUUGUCUUCGCUCGCACAUCACCACAACAGAAGCUCAUCAUCGUGGAGGGCUGCCAGAGACAGGGGGCCAUCGUGGCCGUGACAGGCGAUGGGGUCAACGACUCCCCCGCCCUGAAGAAGGCCGACAUCGGUGUUGCCAUGGGGAUCUCUGGCUCCGACGUCUCCAAGCAGGCGGCAGAUAUGAUCCUACUUGACGACAACUUUGCUUCAAUUGUGACGGGUGUGGAGGAGGGCCGACUGAUCUUCGACAACCUGAAGAAGUCGAUCGCCUACACACUGACCAGUAACAUCCCGGAGAUCACUCCCUUCCUGCUGUUCAUCGUGGCCAACAUCCCCCUCCCUCUGGGCACCGUCACCAUCCUCUGCAUAGACCUUGGUACCGACAUGGUCCCUGCAAUCUCACUGGCCUACGAGGCAGCAGAGAGCGACAUCAUGAAAAGACAACCUCGAAACCCCAAAACUGACAAACUGGUCAAUGAGAAACUCAUCAGCAUGGCAUACGGACAGAUCGGGAUGAUCCAGGCGCUAGGAGGAUUCUUCACCUACUUUGUAAUCCUGGCAGAGAACGGCUUCCUGCCCUCGCACCUCAUCAAUCUGAGGCUCGACUGGGACGACCGGUCCCGGAACGACCUUGAGGACAGUUACGGACAGGAGUGGACCUACGAGCAGCGCAAGAUCGUGGAGUUCACCUGCCACACAGCUUUCUUCACCAGCAUCGUGGUGGUGCAAUGGGCCGAUGUCGUCAUCUGCAAGACCAGGAGGAACUCUAUCUUCCAGCAGGGCAUGAAAAAUAAGAUCCUGAUCUUCGGCCUCUUCGAGGAGACUGCUCUCGCCGCAUUCCUGUCCUACUGUCCAGGAAUGGAUGUUGCCCUUCGGAUGUACCCCCUGAAACUCCCCUGGUGGUUCUGUGCCUUCCCCUACAGUCUCCUCAUCUUCAUCUACGAUGAGGUCAGGAAGUUCAUCCUACGCCGACACCCUGGCGGUUGGGUGGAACGCGAGACGUAUUACUGAGCGACCUUCACCCAACUUACACCGUUGGUCCCCCUCCCCACCAAACUACACAAUGCCCUUUCCUUAUCCCUCAAUCUCCCCGUCCCUACUUCCCCUCACCAUCUACUCCAAACCCUUUAGUACCCUUCCCAGCACACUCCCCUCACUAAACUACCCAUUCGCUUCCCCCUCCCCUCACCAUCCACCCCACACUCUCUCCACCACCCCUCCCCAAACUCACUCUCCCACCCCAACCAUCCACUCGCCUCUUCCUCACACCCUCCUGAAACUACUCCCCUCCUACUACCAUUCCCUUCUCCACCAUAUUCCCUUCAUUACUCCUCCCCAAACCCAUUCCCCUUUUCCCACUCAUCCACCUCCCAAAACUGUCUUCCCAUUUCCCAUCCCUAACUCGCCUCCUGUCACCAUCCCUCCCCUGGAGGAACAACGGAGGCAUAUUGCUGAUCUCUGCCCUCCCCUCACCCCCUGUACCACCUCCUGCCUACCAUGGCAGCUCCUCUGCUACUCCCUUCACCUUCCCCGCCACACCCACAUGUACUCUCUGGUUCCUGACAUAAUUUGGAGCCCCUCCCUCUGCUCUCGGUAUACCCCCACCCCACCCACCCAUCCACCUACUAACCUCCUCCCUCCCGCAGACCAUCCCCCACAGCCGGAGUUUGCAGACCAACGGCAGGCCUGCAGUGAUUGGAAAUAAAAUGAUUUGUUGAUGUA